AUGUUGGAGAUGCAACUUUCUACACGGAAUGGCGUGGUGGUUAUGGAUCAUGUGGAUUGGACCGCGCUUUGUACGAUCCAUUCUAUGUGUGUGCAUUAUCGAGGCAUUUCAUGGCACUGCCAUCUGGAAUGUCAAAUCCCAACAAUCAUCCUUACAACAAGAGUUAGGAUGAACUGGAGAUUUGUUGAUUGUCGCACAAACCCUCCAGGUGUAAAAUAA